AUGGCAUUCACCAAAGAGAAAGACGACGCUCCCACCUCGGUUGGAGUCCUUAGCUCACUUGGGCUGAAGGGCGCCGAGGGGCCCCAGGAUGUCCAAGAGGGCGUUCUGGCAGACAAUGCUGACAAUCUCCAGCGCCAUCUGGGUAACCGUCAGAUCCAAUUGAUCGCCAUUGGAGGUUCCAUCGGAACGGCCUUGUUCGUCAGUAUCGGGACGGGUCUGUACCACGGUGGCCCCGGCAGCUUAUUCCUCGCUUACUCGAUCCAAUGCAUCUUCCUCGCCAUGGUAAACAACAGUCUGGCGGAAAUGACCACGGCGUUCCCCGUCAGCGGUGGUUUCAUCCGUCUUGCCGGUAAAUGGGUCGAUGAGGCCCUCGGUUUUAUGGUUGGCUGGAAUUUCUUCUUCUAUGAGGCUCUUCUGAUUCCGUUCGAAAUUUCGGCCUUUACUCUUGUGGUCUCCUUCUGGUCUGAUAAGGUUACGGAGCCUGGACCCGUUGCUGGUCUUUGCGCCGGGAUCAUCAUAUGCUACGGUGUCCUGAAUUGUUUGGCGGUCAAGGCUUACGGUGAAGCCGAGUUCUGGCUAUCCGGCGGCAAGGUCAUCUUGAUUUUUGCUCUGUUCUUCUUCACGUUCAUCACCAUGGUUGGAGGUAACCCAGCUCACGAUGCGUACGGAUUCCGAUACUGGAACAACCCCGGAUCUUUCAUGGAGUACCUCGAUCAGGGCACCCUGGGUCGCUUUGAAGGUUUUCUUGGCAGUCUGUGGUCCGCUUCCUUUGCGGUGGUGGGUCCCGAGUAUAUUUCCAUGGUGGCGGCUGAGGCCAAGCGUCCUCGCAUCUACAUCAAGAACGCCUUCAAGACCGUCUAUAUUCGAUUCGGUAUCUUCUUCAUGGGUGGUGCUCUUGCUGUGGGCAUCGUUUGCUCUUCCCGUGACCCUGCUUUGGCCAAUGUCGUGGCGGGUAACUCCAACGGCUCUGCUGCUGCUUCGCCUUAUGUUAUUGGCAUGACCAACCUUGGAAUCACUGUCUUCCCUUCGAUUAUCAAUGCUCUGCUCCUGACUUCGAUCUUCUCCGCUGGUAACACUUACACCUACUGUGCGAUCCGCACUCUGUACAGUCUGGCACUGGAGGGCCGUGCCCCCCGUGUUUUGGCCAAAACCACCAAGAGCGGUGUUCCCAUCUACUGUUUCAUCGUUGUCAUGAUCUUCCCCAUCCUGUCCUUCUUGCAGGUCUCCAACUCCUCCUCCAUUGUGAUCACGUGGUUCUCCAAUCUCGUCACCGCAGGCGGGUUGAUCAACUACAUCACGAUUUCCAUCACCUUCAUCUUCUACUACCGAGCCUGCAAGGCCCAGGGUAUCGACCGGAACCAAUUCUCCUACACAGGAUGGUUCCAGCCGUACGGUGCAUACAUCUCGCUGGUCUGGAUGUUCCUCGUUACGCUGUUCUACGGAUACCCUGCCUUCAAGCCCUGGGACGUAGAAACCUUCUGGUCUGAUUACACCAUGCAGAUCGUCAUUCCCUGCCUCUUCGUCCUAUGGAAGCUUUUCAAGCGGACGAAGUUUGUCAAGCCCCAUGAAGCGGAUUUGGUCUGGGACCGACCCCUCAUCGACGCCUACGAGGCUAGCUUCAUGGAUCCCCCUGUCGGGUUCUGGCGCGAGGUUGGACAAAUGGUCGGCUACCGCCGUAUUAAGGGCGGAAACGAUAAGCGCAGACAGUCCGUUGCUCCUCCAUCUACCGGGACCGGAGAAGAGGUUACUUUCAGUGCCUAG